AUGAACUCUGCGGGAAUAGUUUCAAGAUCCGCCCUCUUGAUCCUCUCCGCCUACCUCUUCAACCGCACCUAUUCCCCACCAGCUGGUAAAUUCAACCUUCCUCCUCCUGGACCAACGUUCGCUGAAAAGCGAGAGUGGUUUAUACUACGAACCGUUGCAUAUAUUUUUCCAUUACUCAACAUAGGAUACGCUGCUGUCACCUUCCACGAAUGUCUAUUCAUCUUCAUGACCUAUUUCGAGUACCCCACCUCUCUCGCUGACUAUCUUCCCCUUCCAACGGGACCUCCCGGCUGGAUAGGGAUGCUAGGAUUGCUCAUGGGUAUAUUCGGAGGCCUCUUCCGCAUCGCAUGCUACAAAGCCCUAGGCGACGCAUUCACCUUCAAUAUCACCCAAUCGCCGAAACUCGUGACGUCAGGCCCGUAUUCCAUCGUACGCCACCCAUCUUACCUGGCCGUAUCACUCAAUGCAGUCGGGAUAUCGAUAUACCAUUUAUGUCCUGGAUCGUGGCUCAGAGAAAGUGGUAUACUCCAACACGGUGCAUGGAAGGUCGCAGUGUGGGCAUGGCUUUUUAUGACGGUUGUUACGACGAAUGUUUUUGCUGCGUUUAGGGCGAAAGAUGAGGAUCGGUUGAUGAAGAGUAUGUUUGGGGAGGAGUGGGAGGCGUGGAGGAAGGAUGUGAGGUUCAUGAUUUAUCCUGGGUUGUAUUAA